AUGUGUUUCAAGAAUUAUACAUCCAGUGAUACGAAACAUCUUAAUUUUGUCAUUGGAAAUGCAAUUACAGACUAUACCUCCUUAUAGUCUUUUGAUGUUAAAGAUGAUGAAUUAGCUGUCAUCUUUUUUGUCUUAACAGAGUCUAGACCGUACAUCAUGCUUUAUGAUGUAAAAAAAAGUUAGCAGAAAUGGGUUAGAUACAAAGAUAGUAACUCAGAUAACUUUGAAGCAAUCAGUUUUUUAACAAAAUAAUCAUAAAUUGUAGUUUUGGAUUCGAAGAAUGUACUUAUUUACAUUGAUAAGGUUACAGGUAAAAUUGACUUGCAGUAUCAAUUAAAGUAUACUUAACAGUAUCCUUAAAGAAUGAUAUUAGAUAAGAAUGAUGUAGGAUACAUUGCCUGUAAUGGCGACAACUUAAAAUGGACUAUUCUUUAUGUUUUUUAAUAGAUUCCAGAUAAAAAUCUGACUAAAUGGGAAAUUGACAACCCGAUAUCUUGUACAGCUGCUCAAUAUUUCAGCAAGUAUCGAAAUGGAAUAUUAAGGAUAAAUACAAACAAUGUCCCAAACACUGAGAUGUUCAUUCAAAAGAAUGAAGUUAUUGACCAAGGUAGUGAUAGAAAUUUGAUAAUUCAAGGGCUGUAUGGGGAAGGUGAUCUCAUUAUCGGAAUAAUGAAUAACCCUGAUUCAGGCUCUGGAACCAAAAUAGGUGUUACAGUAUUAAAUACUACCACUAAUGAUUUUAAGCUAUAUUAUUAGGAGUCAUUUGGAUACACAUAUUAAGAGGUAAAGGCAUCUCUGAUAGUAAAUAAGACAAUAGUUAAGUUUUUCCUGAGUACUUUUAACACCCCAUCUUCAGAAAAAUUUCAAUGGCCAAUUUCAAGCUAAAUAAUCUCAGUUUACCCUGAGGUUGACUUGGCCAUUGAUAAUAUAAAUCCUUACAUUAGAAUUUAAGAAAGAAAUUAUGAUAUUAUUUAGCCUAGUGAUAUCGAUACUAUAACUAAAGGUACAUUCAAAAAUGCUUAUAACAAUAAAAAACCUUGCUAAAUAUCUCCUAUUCAGUAUGGAUAAGGUUUCGAAAUAAUAGCUCCUUAUUCAUUAAAUGAUACAGUCAUAUGCUACGCUGACUUACCAUGCUAGGUUACAAUGGGAUAAUACAAAGUUGAGCUUAAUUGCUCUAAUUUAGGUUAAGGCAUAGAGAUUAAUCUAUUUGAAUCUAGUAAUAAUGAUCUUUGGUUUCAUGAAUAAAAAAGUUACUCUGAAAAAGGAUUGAUUACUUAUCUAAAUAUAACCUUUAACAGCAGCCAGUACGGUCUGUUUAAAAGAUACUUAAAUAUGGUAUAUUUACUUUCAUAAAAUGAUCUAAUAAUAAGUACUAAGUUUCAAUUAACAUUCAAAGUGCAUUGGCCUUGUGAAUUAGCUAAAGUACAAUGGGAUGGUGACUAAAAUGUUAUUCAAGAUGGGAGAUAUUCUCAAAGUCUAGCUAAUUUCAAUGAUUGGGUACUUUUUAAGGAUAACACUUAUCCAUACAUAUCUAUAAAUUCUUCCUAUAGUCUUUCUUCAACCAAAUAUAUAGCUUAUAUUUAAGCUAUUAACUAUAACCUUACUAGCAAUACACUAAUUAACAGCACCUACAGGUUAUUAUACAUACUUUUCGAUCCAAUUAGAGAGAUUAACUCUCCACCUUACUUUACCUCUUAUGUUCCGAAAUUAAUAACAGCUCCCAAUUAAGUCAAUUAAUAUAAAAUAUCUGAGAUCAGAGAUAAUUAGUUCGAUAAUUUCACCUUAUAAAUUGACAUUGGAAUUGCAUUUUCCUUUGUGUCUCUUAAAGAUGGAUACUUAUUGAUAUCUCCAACUGAGAAUGAUAGUGGUAAUUACAGAAUCAUAUUUAAAUUAAAGUAGACUAAUUACCCUUACAUCUCAAGAAUUUACAAUCUUGAUAUUUUUGUAGAAGAGUUCGCAUCAAUAGAAUCAUAGGUAAACUCACCUAGGAUAUUCUAAAUGACUAAUUCUGCAAGAAUCAUAUCAAUAAAUGCUACUGGAUAUGCAGUUGUGAGAUUCAAAGAUAAAUUAGAGAAACCUAAGUAUUUCACUGAUAUAGACUAUAGAAGAAUUAAAAUAGAAAUAUACUAUGAAAUUCAAUAAGAAAGUGAAUUAAUAGACUAUAAAAUGAUUUCAAUUUCAAGAGAUACUAUAACUUUUAAGCUUUUGUUCAAAGAUAUUUACAAGAUUUCAAAGUACUAGGAAUAAGACACUAUCAGCAUUAGAUUUCUUGAUAUUUCAUAAACACUUUAACAUCUUUGGAGUGCAAUUAAUUCUUUCCAGAUAUUAUCACACUUACCGAUGAUUGCUAUCAAUUCACCAGCUAAUGUACAAAUUUUCUAUUUAUAUGUGCUCACACUAGCAACAUUCAAUGUUCUUCCAUUGCAUUCAGUAUACUCAGAUAUUCUACAGCUUAAUGAUGAAAUAGACUAGCCUAUGAAUGAUUAUUUUUCUUAAUAUGGAUAUCAAUCAAUGAAUGUUAUUAUGAACCUAGGAACUAUAUUCCUAAUUACUCUGGCAAAUCUCAGCAUUAUAUUCUUAGCAUUCCUAUUGAAAUUACUAGCAAAGAUUUGUAAAAGAGUUGGAUUGAUUCUUUCAACUUGUAUAAUGAUAUUGAUAUUCCUAUUCCCAAUGCUAAUCUUGCUUUUGAUGGUCACUAAUUAUGAUCAUUUACAAGAUCCAGAUUUGAUUUCAAAAUAUGGCUCAUUUUAUGAGUAAAUCAGAACUGAAAGACUAUCAAGUACACUAUAUGUAUUCUCUUUUAUCGUCAGAAGAUUUUUGUUUUGCUUUACAAUUGUGCUUUUGAGGGAUCAUCCUAUUUAUCAAAUAUACAUUCUUAUGUACAGUUCGCUAUUUAUACUAGUAUAUGUGAUAAAUUACAUGCCAUUCAAAUCUAAAUUUGAUAAUUAUAUUGAAAUUUUAAACGAAUUUUCAGUCUUAGCCAGUUUUUAUGUGAUGAUGUGCUACACUGAUUUUUUGGCUGAUGAUAUGGAAAUCAAGAUGAAUCUAGGCUGGGCCACAAAGGUUUAUAGAAUAAUAAGAAGAGCUGUUCAUAAACUUAAUAUUAGAUUUAAGCAAUUCAUGCUUCGUAGAGAAAAGGCAAAACUAUAUUAACUUAGACAAUUUUCUAAGAUUCUAGAUUUUGCCGGCUAUUCGAAUUCAAUUGAGGAUAUGUCAUUUGAUUAGAGUAGAACAUGGUCUAGAAUCAAACUAGUACAGCCGAUAAGUUUAGAUUUUCCCACUUAAAAACACUUUGAAAAACCUGGAUAAGUAGAUAUUUAUUCGAAAAAAUAGGCUGCUAAAGAUUUUAAGCAUCUUUUCUGA